AUGGGCAGGGAAAACUGCACUGCUGUGACAGAGUUCAUUCUCCUUGGUUUAUCAGAUGCCCCUGAAUUGAGGGUCUUGCUCUUCUUGGUGUUUCUGCUCAUCUAUGGAGUCACAGUUGGGGGCAACCUGGGCAUGAUUGCACUGAUUCGGGUCAGUUCUCGACUUCACACCCCCAUGUACUUUUUCCUUAGCCACUUGUCUUUUGUGGAUUUCUGUUACUCAACAGUCAUCGUGCCAAAGAUGCUGGCUAAUAUCUUAAAUGAAGACAAGAGCAUCUCCUUCCUGGGAUGCAGUGUGCAAUUCUACUUGUUCUGCACAUGUGUGGUGACCGAGGUCAUCCUGCUGGCUGUGAUGGCCUAUGACCGCUUUGUGGCCAUCUGCAACCCUCUGUUGUACACAGUAGCUAUGUCCCAGGAGCUCUGCAUGGGGCUGGUGUCUUGUUGCUACCUCUGUGGAACUGUGUGUUCUCUGAUUCACUUGUGUUUAGCUCUUGAGAUCCCAUUGUAUAGGUCAAAUGUAAUUAACCACUUCUUUUGUGAUAUCCCCCCUCUCCUAUCUCUCGCUUGUUCUGAUAUCAGUAUGAAUGAGCUGCUGUUAUAUAUUGUGGCCACGUUCAAUGAGAUGACCACCAUUGUGAUCAUCCUCAUCUCCUAUAUGUUUAUCCUCAUCACUAUCCUGAGGAUGCGCUCCGCAGAGGGAAGGCGCAAAGCCUUUUCCACUUGUGCCUCCCACCUCGCAGCCAUUAUUGUCUUCCAUGGAACAAUCCUUUUCAUCUACUGUCGGCCCAGUUCUGGCAACACUACCAACACUGACAAAGUGGCCACGGUGUUCUACACUGUAGUGAUUCCUAUGCUCAAUCCCCUGAUCUAUAGUCUGAGGAACAAGGAUGUGAAAGAAGCUCUCAAAAAACUGGUGAGCUCCAAAAUAUUUUCCUAG